AUGGAUGCAGAUUCGUGGAGCGCUCGUCUCUCUUCUGCUUCUAAGAGAUAUCAAUCAGCUCUUCAAUCGCGAUCUGAUAUGUUUAUGGGGUUUGAAGAAAUCGAUGUUGAUGAUGAUAUGAGGGAGGAGUUUCCAUGCCCUUUCUGUUCAGAGUACCUUGAUAUUGUUGGCUUGUGUUGCCACAUCGACGAUGAGCAUCCUGUGGAAGCAAAGAACGGGGUUUGUCCAGUUUGUGCCAUGAGGGUGGGCGUCGAUAUGGUUGCCCACAUAACCUUACAACAUGGAAAUAUUUUCAAGAUAUCCUUUCCCCCCGAGUUAUUAGCUUACAUGCAGCGGAAAAGGAAAUCACGCAGAGGCGGAGCUCAUUCGAGCCUUUCUUUGUUGAGGAAAGAGUUGCGAGAGGGAAAUCUACAGUCCCUUUUCGGUUCUUCUUGUAUAGUUUCGUCGUCAAAUGCUGCUCCUGAUCCAUUGUUGUCGUCUUUCAUUCUACCCAUGGGAGAUGAUUUCAUGUCUCCACAGACGUCCUUUUCAACUGAAACGAGUUUCUCUAAGAAAGGCCCUGAAGAGAGUAUUAUAGAAAGAAAAGCAAAGUCACCUCCAUUGUCGAUCAAGGAUAAGGAGGAGAAAGCAAAAAGGAGCGAGUUUGCUCAGGGGCUCUUGUUGUCCACCAUUUUUGGUGAUGAUGUUUCAUAA